AUGUCUCCGGCAGCAGAAGAAGCUCCUCUAUUGCCUCAAGCAAAUCCGGCCUCACCGCGGACGACCAGGUCAUCCCGGUCGGUGACGUUCAACCCGCUGACGACAAUCAGUACCUACGGCGGCACCACCUCCUCCGAUCCUACCUUUCGCCCUCUUCAGACCGGCUCUCCUCCUGUUCAGAAUAUCAAUGCUACUGGAGGUGCUCCUAGACCGGGCAGUCAGCCCAUGCUCUCGGCCUUGAACAGCAAACUCCGUCGUCGAAACAGUCAUGGCGCUCCCUUGACUACGCCGCCCCCGGCUGCUCCCAAGAUCGGACCGCAACGUACAACCAAGAAAGCACAGAAGCUCAAGCUCCUCCCAGACCCGGUAACCGCUGAAGAGGAAGAGGGUUUCGAUGGAGAUUUCCCUCGGGACGUCUAUUCACAGAUCACCCGCAUCAAAGAGCCUGCAGCUCGCAGUCAUGCCGCUCGACUGGGAAAAGCCGACCGCGACCGCAUUCCACGAGUCACAGCAUACUGUACGGCCAACUCUUAUCGACUAGAGGGCGUGGUCAAGUUCUUGAAAUCCCGUGCCAAAACCCGUGGAGCGAACCCUAAGCUGUUCGACGAGUGUGUCUUCUCCCCAUUCGAUUACCAGUACGAAGAGAAGCAAAAGGGAAGCCGGUUCUUCCCUAGCGCAGGAGGCAAUGGACACCAUGAACGAAGAACAAGCGAGCGGAGAUACUCAGAUAGUGCGGUGGAAGUGGAAGAUAACACAAAAACCCGACGGGAAGAUCUCAUCGACUUCCACGACGAAGCUGGCCGUCCCGGUGAUGUCAGCUCCGAACAUGCAGUUUCUACUCCACAAUCGGACGAGGCCUUUGAGAUCGACACUACCAUUCACACCCCCGAGGUCUUCCUGUUCGACUAUGGUACCGUGGUGAUAUGGGGUAUGACGCCGGCACAUGAAUCCCGGUUCUUGUCUGAUAUAUCGAAAUUUGCAUCCUCAAUAUUGAGUCCGGACGAUACGCAGAUUGAGAACUUCAACUUCUACUAUGCUCGAGAAUACCAGGCAAGGAUAUACAAUGACUUCAUCUCUUUGCGAGAACCUCGAAACCACAUGAUCAAGCUGGCCAUCUCUCAUGCGUUAGCUCAGUCGGUCAAGACGUCACUCUUUGAAGACCUGGUGUCAGAAACCAUUUCCGACACUGCACCGCUACCGGCUCAAAUCGCGCAGACUGGUAGUGUCAACCUCACGCGUCGGCAGAUCAACAUGCAGAUUGGCGAGUUGUUCAUCCUGCGAAUCAAUAUUCACUUGCAGGGAUCUGUCCUAGAUAGUCCUGAGCUUUUCUGGGCGGAACCGCAGCUUGAACCCGUCUACCAGGCCGUCCGAAGUUACUUGGAAAUGGAUCAGCGUGUCAGUCUGCUUACUGAGCGAUUGGAUGUCAUUGCCGAUCUUCUAGCCGUGCUUAAGGAUCAAUUGACCCAUCGCCAUGGUGAAUAUCUUGAAUGGAUUGUCAUUGUUCUAAUUGCAGCCGAAAUCUUGGUCGCCGCCAUCAAUAUUGUCGUCGACUUAUAUGCAGGUGUCGACUAA